AUAAGCCCAUCUGUCGUCCCGACCAAAAGAAAAUCUAUGGUGUGGCUCGCAAUGAAGCGGCAGAAAUUCUAUGUGAAGUUGAUGCCUUUCCUCCACCCGAAAAUUUUAAAUGGUCAUUUAAUAAUACAGCCGAAACAUUUGACAUGCCACAAAGUGGUUUUCGAGCACAUUCAGCACAAGGUUCAACAUUGACAUACACUCCGGUCAAGGAAAUGGACUUUGGUACUAUUAUGUGCUGGGCUGAUAAUAAUGUUGGACAACAAAAGGAACCUUGUGUUUUUCAUUUAAUAGCAGCUGGUAAGCCUGAAAUGCCAUCCAAUUGUACGGUAGUAAAUCAAACAUCAGAUUCUCUGGAGGUCUAUUGCAUUGAAGGUUUUGAUGGUGGCUUACGUCAGUGGUUUCUUUUGGAAAUCUUUGAUCAACAAACCGCAACUUUACAGGCCAAUAUAUCUUCCAAAUAUCCUGUCUUAAGUGUUAAUGCUUUAGAUUCUGGACGUUUUUUCAAAAUCUUUGUUUAUGCGGUAAAUUUAAGAGGACGCAGCGAACCAGUAUUGUUGGAAGGAUAUACCUUAAAGGCCGCAGAAAAGCAAACAGUGGCUUUGACUUCGUAUAAAGGAUCACAGACAAAUAUUGAAUUGACACCGAUACUCUCGGUUGGCAUAUUUGUGGGCAUAUUAGUGGCAAUAGUUUGCAUUGGUAUUGGUACAAUUGCGGCAUUGAAAUUACGCUCACACAAACAGCAACAAAAAUAUCAACAUCAAAAUCAAAGAUUCUCACGUCCUGACAAUUUGCAAAUUAAAGAUAAAAGCUCGCUGCCAUUAAGUCAUACAGAUACGGAUAGCAGAUACGAUGAAAAGAAAAAUGAUGAAAAGAAUCCAGAUGUUGUACCCUACAAAGAUGUUGAUGGUGAAUACAAACAAAAAUCAGCAACACAAACACCAUCCGGUCAUUUAUCGACUACCAGUGAAGCGGAAAUCAGCUGUAAACCGACAAACGAUGAACGUGUUUUAUACCAAAGCAGUAAGGAUGAGGAAUUACAUUAUGCUGAACUUAGCUUGCCAACGGGUGGUGGCGGUGUUGCCAGUAAUACAAAUCCUAAAAAAACCAUAUCAGUAGACUGUAGCAGUAGCAUGUUAUUACAGGGAGCCGGCAUUAAUACCAAUUUAAGUGGUAUGACUGCGGGUACCUUACCUCAUGGUUCCAGUGUACUCAAAAUGUUGCCCAAUAUACCGGCAACGAGUACACUGCAACGCAAUAAACCCAUGGCUCCACCGCCCUCGUACGAUUACUUUGAGGAGCCCACGAUAUAUGCUCAAAUAGAUCAUUACAAGACCACAAAUACAAGCGCCAGCAAUUCCAGUUCUGUGUCACCCUUCCCGCCUUGUAUAUCCUCACCAGCCUCCCAGGGCACACCUUCCACCGUGUCACCGGGCACUGUACAAAUGUAUACGCUACCUUCACAUCCCGGUGGUUAUCACACCCUGCCCCACAAUCAUCAAACACAAAAUGUGCCUCCACACAGCUCAACAUCCAUGAUGCAAAUGAUGGCUAAUGCUCAGCCCACCUGCAGUGGCAGCAGCAGUAGUACAGCAUCAGCGUCGGCUUAUCAUCAUGGCACUCUGCCCAUGCCUCCAUCGUACCAGCAACAUCAACAGCAGCAACAGUUGCAUCAAGUACAUCCAAAUUCCUCCGCUCCUCAGCCAUUGGGACAAAUUCUAGUGUCCAGUAAUAGCAGUGGCUUAGCCACAGCAGCUGUUACCAGUCCCACCGGUUCGAUAUCAGGUCUAUCGGCCGUGGGUAAAUCCUACUCACGCGAGAUAGUCACUGUACGUACGCCCCUAAUGUACUCGCAGCAGGAGAGUUGUGUUUAAGUGUAAAAAGGAAAAAAAUAAUAGAAAUCUAGUGAUUAAGGAGAAGAAGAAGAAGUAUUAGAGUGUAAGUGAGUAAAAUAUAUACAAAGAGUGAGAGUAGAGAGUAAUAAGAGUACAAGCAUAAGAAGGAUGAUGAAUAGAGAGGAAGAUGGUUGAACAACUUGAACAUAAUUGGAACGGCAGUCGUUAAAGGACUAAAACAUCCUUAAUGAUCUUUUAUUCUGAAAAUUUGAAACACUUAAUGACAUUUUCUUUUUCUUUACCUACUUUAGUAAUGUAUCCUUGUUGUAGUCUGCGGUUCUAAUCGUAAUCAAGCUGUUACAUAAAGAAAAAAUCGUCACAGAAUAUAUUUGAUAUUUCUUAGAAAUAAAUUUAUAAAGAAAAAUUUAUUUUUUUAUGUGUUUCUCUUGUAAAGUUAAAAAAUUCCAUAAAAAAUUAAACAAUUUUAUUAAAAAUUCCAUCAUAAGAGACAAUAGAACUUAUUCAAUAUGGUUUUCCAUAGAACUUACAAUAUGAAUUCUACAAAAAAGGGGAAAACUUUCUUGAAAAAUUUUUAUUCCUUUUGUAUUCUAAAACAUUUGCACAAAAACGAAGAAACUAUUUACGUAAUGGUCCAUUAAGAUCUUUAAGCUGUAGUCAAUGAUAAAUGGAACUUCGCAGAAUUCGAAAUAUGUAAUAAUUUAUUUCUUAGGAACAAUUAUUUCCAUAUAUAGAAUUAUAUUUUUAAAUUGUAAAAAUUAAGCGUUUUAUUGAAAACAUUUCAUAACAAGUUUUUUUAAAAUAUAACCCUUGCCUUUUAAUCACAGGAUGAAUGUUAAAAAAAUUAAUUUUUCUUUGAAAAUUUUUACUGCCUGGUUUUAUCCAUAAAUCACAGCAAUCGAAAGCAUUUGGUUUUUUUCUGUGGCCUGUACUUUUAUAAAGCUCAAUACAAUACAAUAAAUCAAUAAUGAUUAAUUUUAAAGCAACAACAAAAAAGGACAAAAAAUAUAACAAUGCGACAAUGAA